AUGAAUUAUGCCAACUAUUAUAAUGGUGCUCCUAUUAAUCAAACUUAUUGUGCUGGAAUAAUAUCACCUAAAAUAUCAACUUUAUCAAUUCUAAAUCCAAACAUUACCGUUACGAUAUCUCCAUCUACUAGCACGUCUGAUAUGGGACAGUCUUCUGGCAUUCAGCUCUCAAUAGGUAUCUGUUUUUCCGUCACCGUCAGUCUAUCAUGGAUAACGAUCGAAACGAUCUUCAAAUUUACAAAUAAUGGUGGCGGGCAGUCAGGCGUGCAACUUGUCAUUUAUAAUAGCGGUGACCAACCAAGUAAUAACGAAAUUUUCACGAUAACACCAACGACACCUGGGAUUUUUGAGAUUUACCCGUAUAUCAAUUUCUAUCAUAAUCUUGUCAUUGCGCAAGCACCAAAUUCAAAAAUUGGUGACAAUUUCACACUUCAAAAUAGAACCGAUUCGAAUCCUCAAAAAUUCACUUUUGACUGUGAUACCUGUAACAUCAACACAAAUUCUCAGAACUGGACAUUAUACCACACUUCAUGCAAUAUAAAGAAUUUUGACAAUGGUUAUUGUAUGAAUUAUGCCGACUAUUAUAAUAGUGCUCCUAUUAACCAAACUUAUUGUACCGCUGCGAAAAAAUGGGAUCUUUGGGGAAUAAUAUCACCUGAAAAUAUCAAUUUUCUCAAUUCCAAAUCAAAUCCAAAUAUUACCGUUACGACAUAUCCAUCCACUAGUACUAGCGCAUCUUAUAUAGAACAGUCUUCUGGCGUUCAGCUCUCAAUAGGUGGGCUUGUAGGCAUAGUUGUUGGAUCAUGCGCGGGUAUGGCGCUUAUUAUUCUUUUUGUAGGGUAUUUGUUUUUCCGUCACCGUCAGUCUAGCAUGGGUGACGAUCGAGUCAAUCUUCAAAUUUACAAAUAA